UCAGAGCCUCCCUGAUGUAUAUAUGCAGGUAGUGAGAUUUGAAACGGCCCUUUGAGAUGGUAAUAUAAUAAAACUGACUUGAGGAGUGGCACCUCUUCUCCGUUUUCUAUUCUUUUGUGGGAAUGAGUUGCCAACCUUUUACUUCGACUGAUACCUUUAUUCCUCUGAAUUCUGAGUCUUCUGCAACUCUGCCUCUGAUAAUGCAUCCCAGUGCUGCGGAGUGCCUACCGGUCUCCAACCACGCCACCAACGUGAUGUCCACAGUCCCGUCUAUUUUGUCUUUGAUCCAAACUCCUAAAUGUUUGUGCACAUGUUUUGUGGUGGCAACAUUGGGAAACACAGCAACAGGACUUCAUUAUUCUGUUCCUUCCUGUCAUUAUGGAAACCAGUCAUCGACCUAUGGCGUGAUGGCAGGGAGCUUAACCCCUUGUCUUUAUAAGUUUCCUGACCACACGCUGAGUCAUGGUUUUCCUCCCAUGCAUCAGCCUCUCCUUUCAGAGGAUCCCACAGCCGCUGAUUUCAAGCAGGAGCUCAGGCGGAAAAGCAAAUUGAUCGAAGAGCCAAUAGACAUGGAUUCUCCAGAAAUCCGAGAACUUGAAAAGUUUGCCAAUGAGUUUAAAGUGAGAAGAAUUAAGCUAGGAUACACCCAGACAAAUGUUGGGGAAGCUCUGGCAGCUGUGCAUGGCUCUGAAUUCAGUCAAACAACUAUCUGCCGAUUUGAAAACCUGCAGCUCAGCUUCAAGAAUGCAUGCAAACUAAAAGCAAUAUUAUCCAAAUGGCUGGAGGAAGCUGAGCAAGUAGGAGCUUUAUACAAUGAGAAAGUUGGUGCAAAUGAAAGAAAAAGGAAACGGAGAACAACUAUCAGUAUUGCUGCUAAAGACGCCCUGGAGAGACACUUUGGAGAACAGAAUAAGCCUUCCUCUCAGGAGAUCCUGAGGAUGGCUGAAGAACUAAACCUGGAGAAAGAAGUGGUGAGGGUUUGGUUUUGUAACCGAAGACAGAGAGAAAAACGGGUGAAAACAAGCCUGAAUCAGAGUUUAUUUCCUAUCUCUAAGGAGCAUCUUGAAUGCAGAUAGGUCUCCCAUUGUGUAAUAGCGAGUUUUUCUGCUUUUCUUUCCCUUCUCUUCUCCAGCCAAAGUAGAAAUCAGUUAUUUGGUUAGCUUCCAAACGUCACAUCAGUAAUGUUUGCAGAAGUGUUUCUCUUCUACUUUAAAAACAAAUACAAUUUAAAUUAUGUUGAUGAAUUAUUCUCAGAAGGCAUAUUGUACAUUUUAAGCCAAAAACUAAUAGGAUUAAAACAAUGAUUCUGUC